AUGUCGUUUCAGCACGUAAGUGAAACGUUCUCAUUCUUGAGAGAUCGUCUGCCAGAAUGUUUGAGAACCCCUCAAGUUGCAAUAAUCUGUGGCUCUGGUUUGGGAGGGCUUGCGAGCACAAUCCAGCGCUUACCACAAAUCGAGUUUGACUAUGCUUCUAUACCCCACUUCCCUCGCUCUACAGUCGCCGGACAUGCAGGAAAACUUGUUUUUGGACUUCUCAACGGAGAAGUCCCUGCAGUGUUGAUGGUUGGCCGUGCCCAUUACUAUGAGGGACAUUCCAUUGAUCAGGUCACAUUUCCUAUACGUGUGUUCAAACUUCUAGGGGUUGAUACCUUAAUCUUAACCAACGCUGCCGGGGGUCUGAACCCCGAAUAUAUGGUAGGAGACAUUGUUCUGCUAAAUGAUCACAUAUUCCUGGCUGGACUGGCGGGAGUUCAUCCAUUACGGGGGCCAAAUGCUGAAGAGUUUGGUCCUCGUUUCCCUGCUCUAUCAGAUGCUUACGACCUGGAAUUGCGCUGCCAGGUCCACAACGCCUGGGUCACGACUGUGGGCGCAGAAAACAAAAGGAGACUGCACGAGGGAGUCUAUGCCUUCGUUGGGGGACCUAGCUAUGAGACGAGAGCCGAAUGCCGUAUGCUUCGCCAACUAGGCGCAGACUUAGUUGGCAUGUCAACAGUGCCAGAGAUCGUUGUUGCCAGGCACUGCGGUAUCCGAGUCUUGGCCCUCAGCUUGGUAACGAAUAAUGCAGUUCUUUCACCUGUUCCCCGUGGAGACGACCAUCUUCUCCAGGGAAAGAAUGUGGAUGAGCUAGACACGAUAUUGCAAGAAGGCAAAGCGGAUCAUGAAGAAGUUCUUGAAGCUGGACGCACCGCCGCGAUGGAUAUGCAGAGGCUCGUUAUACAAACUGUUGCAAAUGUUUUCAAACGAAGCUCCCAUGGUGACGCGACCGGUAAUCAAUGA